UUCCUGUUUUCGACUGUAUUCCCCACCACGAACCUUAAUCUGAUGACCCGACCGACUCAACCUGACCCUCGACCUGAUCUGACUCAAAAGACUACGCAUGGAACUCCUAUCAUGAAUUCUGCUUUUGAAAUGCAAAUGGACACUAUACUGAGAGAGAUUGAAAUUAUGAAACAGAAAGAAAACCAGCAACGGGACAUUUCCGAGAUGUUACAAAAAAUGACUAAGGACCUGAGGUGUAUGAAGACCGAGAUUGACGACAUGAGAGUGAGGGUGGACAGUGCGGACUUUGAGAGUGUGAGCUUUGAUCGUCGCCUGGAUCAGGAAGCUACAGAGUUCAGCAAGCAGGUGGCUGAUCUACAAGAACACCUACUCUUUACUAGAGGAAGAGUUAGGGCCCUGGAGGACGUCAGCGACACGCUGCAGCAUCAGGUGACCUCUAUAAAGAACCAGCCUCCUCCCGCUCUGACACCAACCAACACACACCUGACCCCUGAGUUCAAAGAGGCCAUGGGCAAAUGGCUCAGAGAUAGAUUGGCCCAGGAUGAGAGACAGGAUGUGAAACAGGUGGUGAAAGACUGCAGUCGUCCACUGGCUGACAAAAUGCCCAACUUCGCCCUCGAGUCCCAAGGUGGCAGCAUUGUAACCAGUCGGUGCUCUGAGACAUAUAAGACCGGUUCGGCCCGAGUGAGUUUCCUGGGGAUUCCCCUGUGGUUUCCAUCAGAGAGCCCCCGGACUGUAAUUCAGGGCCAGCUGGUGCAGCCUGGUAAGUGUUGGCCGUUCCACGGGGCCCAGGGCUCCAUGACUGUGGCUCUGUCUCACCCUGUCCACGUCACCCACGUUACCAUGGAGCACAUCUCCACUGCCGUCUCUCCCACCGGACACAUAGACACCGCUCCUAAGGACUUCACCGUCUACGGCAUGACUACUGACAGUGAAGAGGGAACCCUGCUCGGGACUUUCAUGUUUAACCGGGCUGGGGAUCCUAUCCAGACAUUUAAACUGCCUAACCCUAACAGUGUGUAUCGCUAUGUGGAGCUCCGUAUCAUCAGCAACUGGGGUCACCAGGACUACACAUGUCUGUAUCGCUUCCGGGUUCACGGAAAGAUGCCUUCUGCGUGAGACAGAUCCUCUGUCCACCCCAACGCCAGUGUGUGUGUCAUCCACCCCAACCCCAGUGUGUGUGUCAUCCAACCCCAGUGUGUGUGUGUGUGUGUGUGUCAUCCACCGCAACCCCAGUGUGUGUGUCAUCUACCCCAACACCAGUGUGUGUGUCAUCCAACCCAAUGAUAUCUUAUUUUCCAUA